CACUGGGCAAUGACAACAACACAGAGAGCCGGCUCUUUCUUGUGCACCAACGGCCCCCAGGCAGAAUCACCGACGUGUACUCCACCUGCGCCCCACCGAGGAACUUCCUCGCAUUGUCCCUCUUCACCCCCCCCUCCUCCUCCUCGCGCAGACUCUGCACAGAGGAAGGAGGUGGCCCAUUGAACACGAACGAGGGGCAGUCGGCAGCGCCCUGAGCUCGGCAUCGCGCUCAGCAGGCGCAGCGAGAGAGCGGUGGUGGGUGCUGCUCCCCCUCCCACACGCGGCACGUGUCGCCAUCCAGGGCAGCAGCAGUGCGCUCCGCAGCUCCGCGAUGGAGGGGGUGCUCUAGGGAGUUGGUGUUGGCGGCCUCGAAAGAGUCAAGAGGAAGGAGGCUCGAGGGAAGAGGUCGGCGGAGUGAGGAGGAGGCGGGAGUUGUUGCUCGUAGAGUUGGUGGACUUUCUGCUGGUCGAUCAAGAGGUGGUGGAAGAGGAGGAGGAGGUUUGUGUUGGUGGCGGUAGGAGACUGCACCUGGAGCAAUGGCAUCCGGCUCGGAGCGCCGUCUCCGCACAGGCGGAUCCCAGAACACGACUCCGCGCCCGUUUCACGCCGCCGCCGCCCUCCUGGAAUCCUACCCCAAGUUUUCGAGCGUCGCGGGGCCCAGCGGGACCCCAGGGGGACCCCGCGGGACCCCAGGGGGACCCCGACCCCUCCGCGCUCCGGUGAGGCCCACGGGUUCGCCGAGUCCACGCACCCCGCUGGCCACGACCCGAACCCCGACCUCGACCCCCGUGGUUCACUCCCCCGCUGCGAACAACCUGAAGCCCGUGGAGCUACGGUACCCCAAGACCCCUUCGACCCCUUCGACCCCGUCGGUCCGACCUAACGGACUCAGCCCGGCACCCGCGUCCAGUUUGUGGCCGCACGUCGCCGCCGCCACCACGGACCACAAGUUCCAGGGGUUUCGGGUACCCCAGCCGCCAGCCCAGCCCUCCAGGGCCCCCACGGAGGAGAAUCGGCCCACGGUCGCGAGGCCCUCGCCGCACGGCACGGCCGCUGGCGGGAAUGUGGCGCUAGGCCCGAAGACCACGGGCACGCCGCGCCACGCGGACUCUGAGAUGAGCGCCCCUGCUCCACGCACGCCGCUAAAAUCAAAGCCCGCCGCCGGUCUCGGCAAGGACCUGGCCGGUGGCGCCGGCGGGCCUGGCUCGCCCAGCCUGCAAAAGGCCGUGACUCCCAGGGCCCCCGAGCCAGACAAGGCUGCGAUCUCGCGGGCCAAUGGGCCCGGUAAAAUUGAGUUGCCCAAGGUUUUUGAGCCGGGCAAGACGGAGACCUCUAGAGAGCCAGGUCCCGGUAAGGUUGAGUUGCCCAAAGUCUUUCAGCUGGGCAAGAAGAAGACCCCGAGGGACUCGGGACCAGGAAAGAUUGAGUUGCCCAAGGUUUUUGAACUGAAAAAGUCUGAGACCUCAAGAGACCCAAAGCCAGUGAAGAUUGAGACUCCUCACGUGUUCAGACCUGGCCACAUUGAGACCCCUAGUGAUCACGAGCCAGGAAAGAUUGAGUUGCCCAAUGUAUUUGAACCAAGCAAGAAUGUGACCUCUGGCGACCCGGGUCCGGGUAAGAUUGAGUUGCCCAAAGUAUUCGGACCAGGUAAAGCCGAGACCGCGAGUGGCCUAGAACCCGGAAAGAUUGAAACUCCUAAAGCGUUUAGACCGAGCAAGACGGACGCCCUGUCGCCCACAGCUCCGGGAAAGAUCGAGACGCCCAAUAUGUUUAGGCCGAACAUUGCCGAGACCCCCAGGGCCCUCGCAGCAGGCAGAGGGGUCCCUCCCACGACCCCGACGCAGGCCACGCCGGGGCCCGGCCCGGCAGGCAAGCCGGACAUCCUGACCCCCAAGCCUCAAGCCACGGCGACGCCGGGACCGGCGACCGCGCCGGAGAAUGGUGCCGCGCGGCCCACGGAGGCCGCGGCUGCCCCAAACAAGUUGAGCUGGCUGUGGACUCGUCCGGCCGGGCUCCCCGAGCAGGCGGAAUCCGAGGAGGUGCACGAUGGGAUCCCCGCAGAGAGCCCCACAGAGAGCCCCCGCGCGAAAGACGCCCCUGAGAGCAGGGAGGACGGCGCGAGCGUGACCGGCGCGAGCGUGACCGGCGAGUGCGGAGCGGAGGAGUUCGACUCCCUGCUGUCGCCGUCGCUCCCGUCCUCCUCGCCCUCCGCCUCCUCGCUGCGGUCGCUGCUGGGUUCGUGGCCCGGGGGCAGAGCGCCGGACCCCGAGGGGAAUGCGGACGGGGACUCCAACCGGGACAAGGACUCCAACCGGGAUGGGGACUCGAACCGGGACAAGGACUCGAACCGGGACAAGGACUCAAACCGGGACAAGGACUCGAAUCGGGACAGCGGCGUGGAGACUCAGGGCCUCCCGGGAUCUCCCGGGUGUGGGGUCCAACCCGAACCGCCGAACUCUCCGGAGCCGAUGGCAAGCGCGGCUCAGAAGCUGCACCUCACUGCCAUGGAGCUGCUGGAGACGGAGAGGACUUACGUGAAGAGGCUCAGCCUCCUGGAUGAGGUGUUCCACAAGCAGCUGCGGGAGGAGGCGGAGAAGGGGUCGUUUUCGGUGGACGUGGUGUCGCAGAUCUUCUCCAACCUUCCCUCCAUCCACAGCUUCCACCGCGACUUCCUGCUGCCCGAGCUUGAGCAGCGCAUGCAGGAGUGGGACACGAACCCGCGCAUCGGGGACAUCCUGCAGAAGCUGGCGCCGUUCCUCAAGAUGUACGGAGUCUACGUGAAGAACUUCGACGACGCCCACAAGCUGGUGUCCACCUGGACCACCCAGUCGUCGCGCUUCGCCGACAUCGUCCUCGACAUCCAGCGGCAGGCGGAGUGCAUGAACCUGACGCUGCAGAACCACAUGCUGGGCCCCGUGCAGCGCAUCCCACGCUACCAGCUGCUGCUGCAGGACUACCUCAAGCGGCUGGCACCCGGCGCGCCCGACCGCCCCGACGCCGAGAAAUCGCUGGAUCUCAUCGCCACGGCCGCCACGCAUUCCAACAGCGCCAUCAGGCGAAACGAGCACAUGCAAGCGCUGCUGCGCGUCCACGAGAUGCUGGGCGGGGAGGUGACGGACAUUGUGUGCCCCGACACGGAGCUGCUCAAGGAGGGAAUCAUCCUCAAGCGCUCCGUGCGCAUCGGUGUCCCGCAGGAGCGCUACCUCUUCCUGUUUAACACCAUGCUGCUGCACUGCGUGCCCAAGUUGUGGUCCAUGGGCCAGCGCUACAGCUUGAGGACGCGGAUCAACGUCAGAGACCUCGAAGUGAAGGACGUGAACCAACACGACCAGGUCCCCACGUUCCAGGUCUGCGGAGUCCAGAGGACCAUUGACUUCCAGGCUCGGACGGAGAAAGAGAAGCAGGAGUGGAUGAAGGCCAUUAACGAGGUGAUAAAGACGUUCCGCGAGAAGGAGGAGACCUUCAUGGGCCACAAGAAGGACGUGGUCGAGGGCCCCAGCGUGUCGAGCCCCCCCGCGACCCAGGGGCUGGAGCUGGGCCAGCGUGCUCCCAUGUGGGUGCGCGACGUCAACGUCACGCUGUGCAUGGCCUGCCAGGAUCCGUUCACGGCGCUCACGCGCAGGCGCCACCACUGCCGUGCCUGCGGGAAGGUGGUGUGCUUUAAGUGCUCGGACCACCGCGUGCUGCUGGCAUACGAGCCGCGCAAGCUGCAGCGCGUGUGCUGGACCUGCUACGCGCAGCUCACCGAGGAGGCGCGCACCAGCACGGCGGCCAUCAAGAACCGCAACAUCCUGCAGAAGCAGAGUGCCGAGGAGGCGACACGGGAGAGCAUCAUCUGCGGCUCGCUGCACUUCCUGGAGUGUGGGGGGCGGCAGAGCUGGGCGCGCGUGUGGUGCGUCAUCCCGCGCAGCGACCCACUCGUGCUCUACGUCUACGCCGCUCCGCAGGACGUGAGGGCGCUCAAGACGCUGCCGCUGCCGGGCUACGAGGUGCGGUCGCCAGCGGCGGGCGACGGCGUGGACGGCCGGCGGGCGCUCGUCCUGGCGCAGUCGCAGCGCCGCCUGGGCCUCGCGGCCGACACGGACGCGCUGCUCCUCUCGUGGAGACGCGCGCUGGAGCAGGCGGCGCUGGGACAGGUGCCGGGCGUCGAUGAGGACGACAGCUUCUCGGACGACGACGACAGCGACGGGCCGGAGGCGGGACCCGAUGGUGCCGACUGAUGGCGAUGGCGGCGAUGGCGAUGAUGAUGAUGACGACGCCGUUGAUGGUACAUUCGACGCUUCUUCACGUGGACUCGAAGUGCACCUAGCCUGGGACAAGCGCUGUGGUGACGUCACCGUCACUUGAUGGCGAAUGGAGGCCAUCAUUGUUGGUGGUACCCAGCGACACUGGUGGUACUGUUGGUGCUGAUGGCGAUGAUGGUACUGAUAGUGCCAAUGGUAAUGGUACGGAUGAUGCAAAUGGUAUGGAUGGUUACUGAUGAUGCCGAUGACGCCGAUGACGCCGAUGAUGUGCCGACAAAGUAAUUGCACAGCUGUCGUAGCGUCCGAGUCGACGUGAGCUCGGUCACGACGGUCGCAACCCACCAUCUGCCGAGCUGCGCUGCUCGAAGGGAAGAUCGCGGUGAUCGUCCCGUGUCGCGUGGGGAGGGGGGGGUCUACUCGGUCCUGCCAUAGGAAUGCGGAAUGUCAACCGCCGGAUUAGGACCGGCGGAGCAAUGGAGCGUUGCCAAACGGCCCCUACUGGGCAUGGAAACACGUGCCUCAGUAUUGACACAGAUGUUGACGACGAUGACGACGACGAUCGAUCAAACUACGACAGGGCGCCGGGAUCGUUGCGGUGAGGUGUAAGAUGCGUCGGGAUGCUGGGGUAUUGAAGGAAUGUCCUGCGAAUGCAAAUCCACCUCCCCUCGCGAUGACGGAGCCGGCCGGGUGCCUCGGCGGGCAGAGCGGCGGUGAGUCCACAUCCCGGCUGCGGGUCGCAUCGGCCCAUCAUCAUCCCUCCGGGGUCGAUGAAAUGAGUGCCGCUUUGUGGAGGAGUCGACCCACAGCAGUUGUCGUGUUGUCGAGACUCGGCCCCGCAUGGGGGGGGGGGGGGGGGAGCUUCCACCCCCUACUCUGGCGGGGCUGCAAACAGGAAAUGGCCACAAGUGCCUCAAUGCUCAGUUGAGCACGAAUCCACUUUUUUAAACGACGAUGAUGAUGGCGAUGAUGUUGCGUCGAAUUGGGAGUUGGGUUAGGAAUAAGGGUACGUACGGUUUGAUGUAAGGUCAGGGGUCAGAGUCAGGGAUAGUCAAUGUAUGGGUACUGUGUGUGUGGUAGUGUAUGGAGAGUCGUAGUUUUAUGCAUAGGGUAAGGGUAGGGGUGGUGUUAGUGUAUGGGUAGUGUUAGGAUUAUGGGUAGGGUUAGUGUUUGUGUAGAGUAUGGGUAGUGCUGGUGAGAAGCCUGUGCAAUAUGUGUGCGUGCAUUGUGUGUGCGUUCUGUGUGUGUGUGUGCGUCUUUGUUGUCGGGAUUUGAAGCCAGGGACUCGCGUUUCCUCUGCAUGUGGCUGGGCGCUGUGAACUCCCCCGCGUAGCAAGUGGAGAGGGCUUGCAUCUAAUUGGCCAGCGUGCCGCGGGUUAGCACUCGCCUAUGAUUGGCUAGCGUGGCCAGGCUGGCGCAUGUCUCGGGCUCGUGUGCUCAGAGCAAUGAUCUGAUCACGUCGUGCAGCUAUAGCCACGCUCUGAUUGGCUAUUGCAGCUAUAGCCACGCUCUGAUUGGCUAUUGCAGCUAUAGCCACGCUCUGAUUGGCUAUUGCGGCUAUAGCCACGCUCUGAUUGGCUAUUGCGGCUAUAGCCACGCUCUGAUUGGCUAUUGUGGCUAUAGCCACGCUCUAAUUGGCUAUUGUGGCUAAAGCCACGCUCUGAUUGGCUAUUGCAGCUAUAGCCACGCUCUGAUUGGCUAUUGUGGCUAUAGCCACGCUCUGAUUGGCUACUGUGGCUAUAGCCACGCUCUGAUUGGCUACUGUGGCUAUAGCCACGCUCUGAUUGGCUAUUGUGGUGAGAGCCAAUAUGGCUGUCGCUAAUCUAUGAUUGGCCAGUUUUGUUAGCGCCAAGUCCAGUCGUGGUUAUGGUUCAUCUCUGAUUGGCUAGUCAUGAACGCAGUAAUCUCUGAUUGGCUAGUCAUGAACGCACUUAUCUCUGAUUGGCCAGCUUUGCUAGUGCUAAUCUCUGAUUGGCUAGUCAUGAACGCACUUAUCUCUGAUUGGUCAGCUUUGUUAGUGCUAAUCUCUGAUUGGUUAGUCAUGAACGCACUAAUCUCUGAUUGGUCAGCUUUGCUAGUGCUAAUCUCUGAUUGGUCAGCUUUGCUAGUGCUAAUCUCUGAUUGGUCAGCUUUGCUAGUGCUAAUCUCUGAUUGGUCAGCUUUGCUAGUGCUAAUCUCUGAUUGGCCUCUUCGCUCUCGCGUUAGUUCCACGGGGGGGGGGGGGGGGAAUUUCACAGCCGCCCCCGGCUCGCGAUAGUCUUCGAUUUUUACCAAAGCCCGGGGUGGAUCAUCGCAACUCCGGAUCCACCCCGGACCGCGUCCGUCUGUCUGUCCGUCCGUCCUCCGCGCUUUGUCGAUGUUCGCGCUCGGUCCGGUGCGUGCAUGUGUUUGUGCAGGGUCCAGGAUCAUUUUUAAAAAAACGGGGAUAUGAGAUGUAAACAAACGUUCGUUGAAUGGAAUAAAGACGCCAGUUGUCGCAACUUGA